UAGCAGCCGGGCGUCGUGUGGUUUCGGUUGGCUGGGAGGAAGAGGAAUAACGAAUGUGGGAGCCAAGAAGAAUUCCUCGUUAGCGAACAGCGCUGGGGCUAGAAGCGACCAAAUAUCCACGGGAUUUUGGAAACCUUUUAACGGAAUACACGUGUGUCCUAAGGGAAUUUAAGUUUUCCCCUCACGCGUUCCCUGGCCGGAUAAGAUCUGUCAUUCAAGUGGCCUUUGAGCUUUGCUUUGUGAUUGGCCUAGAGGAUUAGGGAGAGUGUGUCCUUUCCCACCAAAGAAAUGAGUGUGGGAGAAGGAGGCGGCAACAGCAGUGUGGAACUUGUCCAUCCCUCCUCCCUCUCACGAAACACCAACAGUCUCGGUCCAAGAUGCUCUCUUGCACACGACCCCUGCCCUACUCUUUGGCCUUGAGACUACACUGGGUUCCAUGAACAUGUACAGAGACACAGGGGUGUGUGCCACCCCUCUCUCCCAACCUCUUCCCCCUCCCCACCUCCGUGUACCCCUCCACAAUGGCCACUCUUCCCUGGGCGAUCCAGCGCUGCCCCGUGUCUCAGUGCCCAAAAUGGGAGUGCGGGCUCGGAUUGCAGAGUGGCCCCCUCGUAGGGCACUUUCAAGGGAGUCGUUGCUUGAAAAUGGCCAGGGUAGUCAACAUGACCUCAGCAGCGAGGAUGGGCUUACACGUGGGGGUAUGACCAGGUUGCCACAGCGAAGUGUCAGAGAUGAUGACUUCCUUGAAUCAGGAGGUCUGAUGGGGGCUCCAGGCACGCCCCCACGGUUUCGGACUCCGGGUUUUGCUCCAUUACGACAGCGCUCAAACAGUGAGAUUACGUUAAGUGAGCAAGAUGAAACCGAGGUUGAAGGUCGGUUAUUCCGGGAAUAUGGCAGUACCUCUUCCAUUAAUGUACAGGCGGUGUCUGAAGAAAGCUUCUUUGACAUGCUCAGCCAGUUUCAACAGGAGAGACCAGACCAGCGCAGCACAGCUCCUGCCAAGCUUGGAGAGCUUCUCGGUGCUGUGGCUUCUUUAGAUGGACCAACUUCACAUGCCUUCACAUCAACUCCCCGCCCUGGUGACCGCCCCGAAAAUCGCGUACGCAAAAAAAGUGUUGGCACCGAGUCGUCUCUUGGCACCACCUCCUUAUUCCGAAAACUCCGAAGCUCCAGCCGCGGUGAAACAGAGACUCCACGAGGUGACACAGAUGACAUGCGACUUCCCGAAACAUUGUCUUCCAAAACCUGGCUUUGUGUGCGGAGUUUUGCCCACUAUGACGCUCAGAGUGUUCUCUUUGACUUGCACGAGGCAGCAGCUCGCCGUAGCUACGCCACCCAGCGGCGAAACACAGCCACUGGAGCCUCAGCUGCUUCUUCGGCUGCUGUUUCUUUGGCAGUUUCCAGAGCUAUUGCUCUAGGAGGAGUAGAGCCUGCGUUUUCCAGCACUGAUGACCUCAGUGUCAGAGACUUAUCAGAAGGAUCAACCCUAGGCCUGGAACACUCAGAGCAGGGCACUUCAGCCAGCGUUAACCCCACCUCACAGCACCAGCUGUUGCUGAGCUGCCCGCACUUCCUCAAUGAGACUGGAAACUAUGGGGAGCGUAAUGUCAGCUUCCUAAGCUCAUGGGCAGAGCGGGGAGAAACUGCCGUGGUGGAGACCCGGUUGUGUCCACGCUGCAGUAACGCCAGUGUUUCCAAACUGGAGGCCCCGCCAGAAGUUCAGGCCACAAGGUUAGAGAGACUCCAGCAGCACUGCAUCGAGCAUGUUGACCUGGGUGCUAGAUACUACAAAGAGCACUUCUUUGGGAAAGAGCACUGGAACUACUUUGGUACUGAUGAGAAGCUGGGGCCCGUGGCUCUGAGCAUUCGCAGAGAGAAACUGGAUGAUACCAAAGAUUUAAAGGACCAGUACCAGUACCGGAUCAUCUUUCGCACCAGUGAGCUGGUCACAUUGCGAGGAGCGAUUCUGGAGGAUGCGGUUCUUUCCACGGCAAGGCAUGGAACAGUUCGCGGUCUGCCUCUAAAGGAAGUUCUGGAGUAUGUGCUGCCAGAGCUCAGCGUGUCCUGCCUGCGACUGGCUCUCAGCACGCCUAAAGUCACAGAGCAGCUUCUCAAACUGGAUGAGCAGGGGCUCAGUCAGAAACACAAAGUGGGCAUCCUACUGUGUCGGGCAGGACAGAGCACGGAGGAGGAGAUGUACAACAACGAAGAGGCUUCGCCAGCUUUCACCGCCUUCCUGGAGUUGCUGGGAGAAACUGUCAGUCUGAAGGGUUUCGACAAAUAUGCUGCCCAGCUUGAUACCAAAACGGACUCAACUGGAACACACUCCCUGUAUACCACAUAUCAGGACUACGAGAUCAUGUUUCACGUGUCCACCAUGCUUCCAUACAUGCCCAAUAAUCCUCAACAGCUCCUGAGGAAGAGGCAUAUAGGAAAUGAUAUAGUCACUAUUAUAUUCCAGGAGCCGGGAGCUCUUCCGUUCACUCCACAGAAUAUUCGCUCUCACUUCCAGCACGUGUUUGUCAUUGUCCGUGUGCACAACCCUUGCUCUGACAACACAUGCUACAGUGUGGCAGUGACUCGCAUGAAGGACGUCCCCCCAUUUGGCCCACCUCUCCCUUCAAAUGGCAUGAUGUACCGUGACCCCGCUGCCUUCCGCGCCUUUCUGCUAGCCAAGGUUAUCAACGCUGAGAACGCUGCGCACAAAUCUGAGAAGUUUCACACCAUGGCGACCCGCACGCGCCAAGGAUACCUGCGGGACCUGGCAGAGAACUGUGUUUCUACUACACCACUGGACACAGCUGGUAAACUGAACAAUCUCAUCUCCUUGGCCUCCAAACGCAAGGAACGUGUCCGGGCACGGGAGGGGGCGGAAAUUGGUGCAGCAGGGGCUCUUGUUUGGCACGUACUUGUGCAGGACUUCAGUGGCGGAGGUGCUGAGCUGCCUUGUGCAUUGGCUGUCUCAAACGAGUAUGUCGUAUUGGCGGACUGCUCCACCAAAGAGGUGGUGUUUAACUGUUUCUGUGCUGAUGUGAUUGGCUGGACGGCAGAAAGGCUUGCGCUGAAGAUUUUCUAUGGCAGAGGAGACCACGUGGCCGUGCGGGUGCCUGAGGGCAGGGCCCAAGAUAUCAGAGAGGUGGUGCAGAGACUUAAGGCAUUGACAAUAGGUUGUGAGACAGUUGAUAUGACGUUGAGACGUAAUGGUUUAGGCCAGCUUGGUUUCCAUGUGCGUCUGGAUGGAACAGUGUCUGAGGUGGAGGAAUACGGUUUCGCCUGGCAGGCGGGACUCCGGCAGGGCAGCCGGUUGGUAGAGAUCUGCAAGGUCGCUGCAGUGACUCUCUCCCAUGAGCAGAUGAUUGACCUUCUGCGGACAUCCGUCACCGUGAAAGUGGUUAUCAUUCCACCUUAUGAAGAGGGAGGGCCCCGCAGAGGCUGCACGGAGGAGUACGAGAUGAAAAUGAUGGAGCAGAAGGGAGAAGCAGAGCAAGUGGCUGCAGGGUAUCGCAGUGGACAACGAACCCCAAUAUGGUGCUGGGACAGCCCCCCUGGUACACACAGCUCCGCCCAGCACUGGACUCCCAGUGGAGCCCCACCAGCGGUCCCCAGCCGUACACUCAAAGCUCUGGUCCCCGUCCCCUUCAGAGAGCCUCAACACAUCUCUGCUAAAAGGCCUGUCAGUUACCCAGAGAACCAUUAUAGUGUGUCUCCCGUUGGUGGGGACAGAGGGUUGGUGUACAGAAACCCUUCGGCUAGUUUCUCCAGUCCAAGCUCUGGGUUCAGCUCCACCGCACUGGGGGUGCCGGGACUCAGCGGACCAUUUGUACGCUAUAAACCCUCUCCAGACAGGUUUGGAUCAGUCCAACGUUCUCUCCAGCCGUUUGACCCUCAUGUUACUGUUGAUGUCUCGAGUGGAGAAUCUUCAUCUGGCUUCACUAGCCAAGAGAGUACAAUGGAGCGCAAUAAGUCAGAGCCCACGUGGCAUGUCCCUGCCUCAUCACGAGGUGUCUCUGUGGGCUCAGCUCAGAGAAGACAGGCCCGACAGGACAUCCAAGGAAAGGACUCUCCAAACCGCCACUCAAAGGGUGAGGCACACUACUCCAGUCACUCUAGCAGUAACACCCUCUCCAGCAAUGCUUCCAGCAGUCACAGUGAUGAGCGCUGGUUUGACGGGGUAGGAGGUGGGGUUUCCGGUGCGCUGAGUGACCCCUCAGACCCUGACCCUGACCUAAUGGGCAAAGGAGGGUCCAGUGACAGUGGCAUUGAUGCAUCUCUCUACACACCCAGCCCCAAUACUACAGGAGCCAAGCCCAGCCGCAGUCAUGCAGGAACUCCACAUAAACUGCUGCAUAGCUCUGCUACGUACAGCGGCCUGCAGGAGCUGUCAGGAACAGGAGGGAGGAGUGCAGGGGAGGGUCAUCGCAGAGAGUCGUCGCCCAUCAUUCCUGCCUUAGCCAGUCAAACCAAGAACUAUCGCACACGCACGUUCCCCCCUCCGGGAUCCACCAAUGCAGACAGCUUCAAACCAAGGGCCUGCUAUACCCCUCAAGGGUAUAAGACCCCUGCUAUGGCUGAUAAACCCCGGCCUUUCAGAGCUUCAACAGUCACACCCACAUCAGGCUCCACCCAGCUGUCAAGCUCCGCCCCCAAGUCCCUUAGUAAAAGCAAGCAUAGUGCAUGGCAACAGGAGAACAGCACUGCAUCGACCACCAACACUGACAGCAACAGCAGCAAGCAGGUGGAUAUGAAUAGUAAGAACGUGUUUGGACAGCCCCGAUUACGAGCCUCUCUGAGGGACCUGCGCUCUCCACGCAGAUCUCACAAGAGCACCAUUGAGGACGACUUGAAAAAGCUCAUCAUCAUGGACAACCCUGCAGAGACAUCAUCGCGGGAUGCGUCUCCUCAUCGGACCCUGCAACGCACUUUCUCAGAUGAGAGUCUGUGUAGUGGACGGAGAGAUGCUAGUUAUGCAAGCACGCCUCACUUUGAAGGACAGGUCCCACCCAGUGAUCUUCUCUUCACCUGCACGCUGCCUACCCGUCGCCAUGGCCACAACAACAACAACCAUGGGGCCCUCAUGCCCAGUAAGAAAGUACCGUUAUCUGCAUCAGAGUUGUCUCUAACUGAGGUGAGGGAUAAGGUGCCACCUCUCAGAAGACUGGACCCUGGACUCAUGCCCCUCCCUGACACUGCCUGUGGCCUGGAGUGGUCCAGCCUUGUCAAUGCAGCCAAAGCUUAUGAAGUGCAAAGAGCUGUUUCUUUAUUCUCAUUGUCUGAGUCUCACGCUGGCGUCAGUGAGUUGAGGCCCGUCAUCAGCCCGGUGCAUUUCCACACACCACAAACUCCCCGCACCACUCCUACUUUCAGCAGUGAAGAGCCUACUAAUGACCUGUCUGGGCGUCUGUAUCAUCUGGAAGUCAUGCUGAAACAGCUAAACAAUGAUCUAGAAAAAGAGAAACAAGACAAGGCAGCACUUUUAGCAGAGAUGGCCAAUCUUAGGCACAACAACCAACGUUUGCAAGAGGAAUCUCACUCAGCUAGUGAACAGCUGCGCAAAUUUAGCAAACUCUUAUCCUCUGCCAUGCCCGAGAGAAAAUAACUGUCUCUCCCUCUCUUUGUGAACAGAGUGCAUGUUAGACAAAAAGAUGAGAACAGAUCUUCGCAAACGUGUAUUUUGCCUGAUUUGGUGCAUUCUGUGCCAACCGCUCAUCAAAUUCAUAGUUUCUUAUUGCCCAGUACAACCACUCUCCUGUUCACCCUCAUCUAAGGCAGACGUCAGUGGUGAGGAAUGAAAGUCUGCCAGCUCAAUCUCUCUUACAGCUGACACCACACACAAAACUGUGGGCUUUAUCAAAGUGUGAAGGAGUGAGAGACAGAAUCAUGCGGGUCUGCCUGUUGACUUGAGACUUCAAAGCUUUAACUGAAAGCCGGUACAGAAAGUACAAAAUUAUAUUUUAAUAAAACAAACACACAUAAUGAGUCCUACCUUGAAAAAAGCUCCACAUCAAAAACAGCACUCUGAUUUAAUUCCUUUCGGAACUAUUUUCUCAUUGUAGCUUUAUUUUUGUAAUCAACGAGUCAGAAGACGACUCUUGAGCCAAUAAAACAGAGACACUAGAUAUCUGAGAGUCCUAUUUACUGCACAGUCAGCUCAACAUCCAAAAAAGCAACGUGCAUCAAAGCAGACCUACAAAAAAUCUACACUUGAGCCAUCUUGUGUUAAAACUACCUUUCCCAAUAUGCAAUUGGAGCUUUUUAAGGAAAAACAUGGUACUGUAAAUUUUGAGAAGAGGUACAAUGCUCUGGGAUUGACUUGCAGUUAAUAUGCAUCAAGUAUAAAUUACGAGUCACAUACUCACAUGUUCAGGUACAUUAAAGGGUUAGUCUCCCAAAAAUGAAAAUUGCCAUAAUAUACUCACCCUUAUGUUGUUCCAAACCUGAAUGUCUUCUCUUUUUUGUGGAAUAGAUGUUAGGCAGAAGUUAAUUUACUGACAGCCUCGUCCACUUUCACUAUCGUUGUAUGGAAAACAACAUGUAAAUGAUUACAGCAUUUUCAUUUUUGGGUGAACAUUAAGCCUUUAAAAAUGAAGAAUACACCUGAUUUCAUAUUUUUACAAAGUUAACUUUCAAACUACUGCUCAAAAACAAAACAAAAAAAGAAAGAAAGAAAUUGGUAGUCUUUUGCAAGCCGACAUUACUUUCAACAUGUAAUCAUGUGCAGAAUAUGAAAUACAGAUAUCUACAUGUCAAUUUUCACUUGUUAAAAUGUGAAUUCUUGAUAUCAGCAAUAGAAUUACUAGUGAAAAUACCAUUUUUUCUUUUUAUUAGUACCGGUAAUUAAGUUUGCUCUUGUAAAAAAACAAAAACAAAAAAAAACUUUAAUUCUUGAUAUAAAGUGAUGUAAUAUCAGAUAUUUAUAAUGUUAUUGGAACUAGUAUGAAAGCCUUUUUAACAUAUCUUUAAGUACUCUUCAGUUUAUUGAUAUCUGGAAUUAAGAUUGCCACAAGUGAAAACCAAAUAACUGAUAUAAAAAAUUUGCAUUUUUACUAGUUGUAAUUGAAGAUUUAAUGUCAGGAAUGGACAUUUGCACUAGUAACGAUGCAAUUAAUGAUACCAAAAAUUAUAAUUUUUACUAGUAAGAAGCACUUAGCUCUAUGUGUAUUUUGUAUUUGAACUAGUAAGAUAUUAAGGAGGGAAUAACAAAUCAUUGUGAAAUUCUACCAGUGAAAAUGCAGUUACAGAUAUAAAAAAAUUACAGCUUUUACUAGUUGAAGUUAUAGUAUUUUUGAUAUCAAUAAUAGGUAUCUCUGUGACAUCACUGAUAACAAGAAUUAGCAUUUUACUAGUAGUAAAUGCAUAGCUGAGAUCAAGAAUGAGCAUUUUAACUAGUAAAAAUGUAACUGCAGAUAUCUGUAAUUCAUACCCUGCACAAGAUUCAGUGUCCAAAGUGCUUGCAAAAGGUUUCACCAAGACUUGCUUCAACUUGCUAAUUUCGACUUCACCAAAAAUGGACUUCUUAAGAAUUUUUGCAUUUGUAAACAUGCUGUCCUAUAGGGAUUAUAGAGACUGAAAAUCCACUGCAAUAAUGGCUCUGUAGAUCUCCACUCCACCAAUCUCUAGUUUUCAAUUAAGUGUUUGGGGAAAAAAACAAGAGAUGGAGAUUCUUCUCCACUUACAAACCUUGUAGUGGAAAAGAUGUGACCAGUGACAGCAACCGCUACUAAAACUGUGAUGUUACACCCAAGUCUUUGAUAAUUUCCUCUGUGCAUGGACAGCAGUCAGUCAUUAAGUGACAGAGUCAUGUGACAGGAAAUGUCAUUUGCUUUUUAUGUAUCGUUUUGGUAUAGCACUGUGUGUAAACUUGGGCUGUUCUGUAAAAUUUAGACACUGUAUAUAUGCAAAGCCAACACUAAGAAAAACUUCUAGUUAGCUGUGUUCCAUACAGACUAUUUUUCUAUUUGUAUUGUUUUUAGUUCAGGUUUAUCAGGUGAAACGACUGUUGGCAGUAGAUAGCUGUUUUCAACUUCUAGACAGAUCAUCAAGUUUACAUAGUAAAAGACCUCUUUAUCCUUCACACUGUAGUUGGCUACGUGCUCUGUGAAAUCUUAAAGAGGCCUCUGUUUUCGCCCAUUUAUAGUGUAUGAGUUGGGUUACUGGAACAACAAUCAGGAUGAAUCUAAUGUGGUUUAUCAUGUACUUCAUGCUAUACUGUGCAUGUCUGCCUUAAAAGUGGUCAGGGAGUCUAUCUUUGACCGGUGAUGUGACUCAUAUCAACUCUCAUCCCUUUAACCUGAUCCAACUGGAAAAUAAAUCUCCUCCUCUCUCAGGACCCACAAACUGCCCUCUCACUGACCUGAUGUAUUCCUUUUAAUUCUGGACUAUUUAUUAAUGUCAAUGUAAAAGCACUGCUGCAGUAGGUUAACUUGUAUUAGUUGUUUCUGUCAUUUUGGCUAUAAGUGGAAAUCGUAUGUCUGUUCUCAGACCCACUCAAAAACAACCAUAUACAUGCCUAUGAAAGUAACUAGCAUAGAAAACACAAAUAUUAUUAUUAUUAUUAUUGUUUUUGUUUUUUGUUUUUUGUUUUUUUAUGCAAUGAGUAAAUAUAAAAACUGUUGGCAUUCAUUGCAGGAUCCCUUAGAGCUGUUUAGUAGUGUAGUUGUACAUAGGGUGAUUUUUUUAUAAAGCUUUGAACUGCUAAUAGCUAACAUGAUUCGUCUCACCGUAAUUUAUGAAAAAAAUAAACACUUUAAAGAUUAUUCAAAUCAAUGUACAAUUCAUGUUGGAAUUUUUAGUUAUACAGCAUCAACCUGGACUUCCACAAUCUGAUAAUGCAUUUCUGCCUAUCAUAUUGUAAUGAUAAGCUCAUUUGUCUCAUUGCUGUGACUACAUGAACUUCACCCACUGUUUUUCUGUCAGUGAAGUGGGAGGUUCUUCAGACUCUGGUGUCUCACUCAGUUCUGGGUGUCAUAUCUACACCUUGUGCGUUUCUGUUUGUAUGUUUGAUAAUUGGAUGGUGUUUUUUUUAUUUUUUAUUAUUAUUAUUAAAUUUGUUCUGUUCUUUAAAAAGCUAAAUAUGAGUAAUAUACUUGUGAAAACAUCUAUGUGCAUCUGUGUUGCGCAUUCAAAAAUCAUAGCAAAUUAUAUAGUCCAACUGUAAUAUUUGAAGGUUUAUUUCGUGUAAUAUUUUGACUAUUUAUUUAGAUUUUUUUUUUUUUUUUUUAAUGCAUAAAGACAAUUUCAAGGUGAAAACACAAGAUUACAGAUUUGGUAAAAUUAUUGGAGGGUACUGAGUUUAUAUAUAUUUUUUAGUUUGUCCUUUUUUGUUUGAUUGACUGAUCUCUUGUACAAAGAUGAUUUUAUGAUUUAUUUUAACCUUAUUGUAAGUCUUCAUUUUUCUCUUUUUUCAUUAGCAUUAUGCAUGAGACAGUGGCUCCAAUGCCUCGAUUAACUAUCGAUAACUGAUCUAUCUUUCAGGUUUAUU